GUCGUCACGGUUGUCCGAGUGGACUCUAAUGAUGACGGGACGCCCGUCAAGUCUUGUCUAUGAAGAUGGGAUUGUGGAAGGAUAUUUGUAUUUCCUCCGCACAUUGAAUAACAUUUUUGUUCACAUAAAUAACAUUUUUUAUUGGUUGAUAUUAUUUAAAAUGGAUAACGUUUAUGCUAUUGUACUGUUUGAUUGUGUUAAGGAUGAGUUUUCAGGUGCUGCUAUUCGUAUUCUUCCAACAUACAAAAAAGUUAACUCCUAUAGUAUUUUGCUUGCUGAGUUUCAUAGGUCGCUUGCUGCCGCUGUAUAUGAUUUUCAUUUUGCUGCCAUGAGA